CACUGUUUACACCGAUAUUUUAUUUCGCAAGGGAAUAAAAUUUGUUUUUAUUCAUUUCUGUUUUGGGGUUUUUUUACUUAUCUAUCAUAGAUAGCGAUCUAGUGAAUAUAUAAUUAUAAGGUAGUUCGUUAAAUACAUCAAUUUUCUUUCGAUUUCCAUGUUGACAUCGUCAACUUUUGAUUCGGAACCAUGAAGACACGUUUCAAUACUUUUGAUAUAAUCUGCGGAGUGGCUGAACUGCAAAAGUUGGUCGGUUGGCGAGUGAAUCAGAUCUAUGACGUUGAUAACAAGACUUAUCUCUUCCGGAUGCAAGGGACCGGAGCAGUGGAGAAGGUGACUCUCCUGAUAGAGUCCGGCACCCGAUUCCAUACCACCCGCUUCGAAUGGCCAAAAAAUAUGGCUCCAUCAGGAUUCAGCAUGAAGCUCAGGAAGCACUUGAAGAACAAGCGCCUGGAGAAGAUCCAACAAUUGGGUGGCGAUCGUAUUGUGGACUUCCAGUUUGGUACCGGUGAUGCCGCCUACCAUGUAAUCUUGGAGCUCUACGAUCGCGGAAAUGUAAUUUUGACCGACUACGAGUUGACUACACUGUACAUCCUGCGUCCCCAUACGGAAGGUGAGAAUCUGCGUUUCGCCAUGCGAGAAAAAUAUCCCGUGGAACGGGCUAAACAGGCCACGGAGGAACUGCAGCCUGAUGUCUUGGAUAAACUGGUGGAGAAUGCCAAGAACGGCGAUUACUUGCGACAGAUCUUGACGCCUAAUUUGGACUGUGGUCCUGCAGUCAUCGAGCAUAUUCUUCUUUCACACGGACUGGAUAAUUGUGUAAUUAAAAAGGAAGGAGCAGAAGAAACUCCAGAAGCAGAGAAUAAGCCAGAGAAAGGCGGUAAAAAACAACGUAAAAAGCAACAGAAUAAAACGGAACAUAAGCCAUUUGAUAUGGUUAAUGACCUGCCCAUUCUUAAAAAGGCUGUAAAGUGCGCUCAUGAUCUUAUUGUUGAGGGAAACACCGGGAAAACUAAAGGCUAUAUAAUUCAAGUGAAAGAGGAGAAACCCACGGAGAAUGGAAAAGUGGAGUUUUUCUUUAGAAACAUUGAAUUCCAUCCUUACCUAUUUGCCCAAUUCAAUAACUUUGAAAAAGCCACGUUCGAGAGCUUUAUGGAAGCUGUCGAUGAGUUUUACUCGACGCAAGAAUCGCAGAAGAUCGACAUGAAAACGCUGCACCAGGAACGCGAGGCGUUAAAAAAGCUGUCCAAUGUUAAAAACGAUCACGCCAAGCGUCUGGAGGAGUUAACUAAAGUCCAGGAUGUGGACAGGAAGAAGGCAGAGCUUAUAACGUCCAACCAAAGUCUGGUGGAUAACGCCAUCCGUGCAGUGCAGUCGGCUAUUGCCAGUCAAUUAUCCUGGCCGGAUAUCCAUGAGCUGGUGAAGGAGGCCCAGGCAAAUGGCGACGCUGUAGCCGGUUCCAUAAAGCAAUUAAAGCUUGAAACGAAUCAUAUAUCCCUUAUGCUUAGUGACCCUUAUGAUAACUAUGAAGACGAGGAUCUAAAGACUCCGGAAGUGACCGUUGUGGAUGUCGAUUUAGCCUUAUCUGCUUGGGCCAAUGCCCGUCGAUACUACGACAUGAAACGUUCGGCUGCUCAAAAGGAAAAAAAAACUGUAGAUGCUUCUCAAAAGGCGCUUAAAUCCGCGGAGCGGAAAACACAGCAAACCCUCAAAGAAGUAAGGACCAUUUCGAACAUAGUAAAGGCUCGAAAAGUUUUCUGGUUCGAAAAGUUUUACUGGUUUAUAAGCUCAGAGAAUUAUCUAGUCAUCGGAGGAAGAGAUGCGCAGCAAAAUGAACUUAUUGUCAAAAGAUAUAUGCGUCCGAAAGACAUUUAUGUGCACGCAGAGAUUCAGGGUGCCUCGAGUGUUAUUAUACAGAAUCCCACAGGAGAAGAUAUACCGCCCAAAACGUUGCUGGAAGCUGGAUCCAUGGCUAUAUCAUACAGCGUUGCCUGGGAUGCCAAGGUGGUAACCAAUUCGUAUUGGGUGACAAGCGACCAAGUCAGCAAAACUGCACCAACUGGAGAGUAUUUGGCGACUGGAAGCUUUAUGAUCAGAGGAAAGAAGAACUUCCUACCCUCCUGCCACCUAACCAUGGGUCUAAGUUUACUUUUUAAAUUGGAGGACAGUUUUAUAGAGCGUCAUUUAGGAGAGCGAAAGGUCAGAAGCUUAGAUGAUGAUCAUAUCGAUCAAGAUGUUAAGGAAACGGAGGUAGAGCAUGAUCUUUUAUCCGAACCAAGUGAUGAUACCGAAACCAAUCCUACUGCAAAUUUAUCGGAACAUAGUUCUAAUACCGAGAUUACUAGUUUUCCCAAUACGGAGGUAAAGAUUGAACACGAUACGGGACGCAUAACCGUCCGAUCCAACUCUCUAAAUCCAAACAAGGAGGAGGCUGAGGAGAAUGAUGAUGUUGUCCAAAGUCUUCCAAGUAAAACCGUGGAUGAGGAAACGACCAUUAUUUUGGCUGGUCCAAGUCGAAUAAAGCAAGUUAGUGCUAAAAAGACUAAAGUUGAGAAAGCUCGAGCUGCGAAACAGGAAGCUGCAAAACAGGAAGUCGCUCCAGUUGAUACAGAGCCCAAAAAUCCAUCACAGAUUAAGAGAGGUCAAAAGGGAAAACUAAAGAAAAUGAAACAAAAAUACAAGGAUCAAGACGACGAAGAGCGUGAAAUUCGUAUGAUGAUUCUUAAGUCUUCUGGGAAAGAAAAGCCGCAAGUAAAUACUGACAAAGUGGUGGAAAAGAGUGUGGCAAUAAAAGAGUUUGUGAAACCAGAAAAAAGUUCAGUUCCCAAAAACCCAGUGGAAUUGGACGAUACUGAGGAAGUACCCGUCGGAGGAGAUGUGGAUGUUCUUAACAGUCUGACUGGGCAGCCCCUUGAAGGAGAUGAGUUGCUCUUCGCGAUUCCAGUGGUGGCUCCUUAUCAGGCUUUGCAAAACUACAAGUUCAAAGUGAAGCUUACCCCCGGCACCGGUAAAAGAGGAAAGGCUGCGAAAUUAGCUCUUAACAUAUUUGCCAAGGAAAAGAGCUGCAGUACUCGUGAGAAGGAUUUACUGAAAAGUAUAAAGGAAGAGUCCCUGGCAAGAAAUAUACCAGGAAAGGUCAAGUUAUCAGCCCCACAACUUCAAAAGUACCACAAAUAAAUGAAGAAAUAAAAUGUAUACAUAAUGUUGGGCCAUAUUUAUAAGAAUUGUUUAAAAUGCUUUAAAAAUGCAAGUUGAUUUAAUAAAGAGAAGAUUGUGUAUACAGAA